AUGGGGAAUUCGUGGCCAGCUCGUACAUCGUGGAUUUGGAAAGGUGUGGUGAAAAACUUCUUUAACAGUGAUGAUUUUGGAGAUUGUCUUAGAAGGAAUACACGUUUGAAGGCAGGAAAUGGGGAAGCUAUGGAGUUUUGGAAUGAUGUAUGGUUGGGUGACGUUCCCUUGAAAAUUUUGUUUCCUAGGCUUUAUGUUCUAUCAAAUAAUAAAGCGGGUAAAGUGAUGGAGUUUAUGGUGAAUAAUACCUCGGGUUGGGUGUGGGACAUCCAAAUGAGAAGGUAUUUGGCUGACUGGGAAAUUGAACAGUGGCUACAAUUGAUCAUUAUGUUGAAUAAUACCUCCCUUUUUCCUGCGGAAGAUGAUUGUUGGAUUUGGUUAAGGAAUGAUGAAGGAAUUUUCACAACAAAGUCUUGUAUAAACUCUUUCUUUGACCAAGGUGGUUUUGAGCAGAAUCAUCAAAGAGUACCGGUUAAAGAGGAGUUAGCAAAGAGAGGUGUUGCAGAGAUUGUUGAUCAGCUUUGUGUUUUGUGUGGUCGGGAGGUGGAAUCAAUUUCCCAUUUAUUUCUUCAUUGCAGGGUUGUGUGGGGUCUGUGGUCUUCAUUCUUGAAAAUGUGGGAUGUGUCAUUGGUGAUUCCAAAGUGUUCCAUGGAUUUUUUAAUUUUGUGGGAUGAUUUUAUGAAUAACUCUUUGAUUUGGAAAUUCAUUCCUAGGGCAGUGAUGUGGUCAGUUUGGAAAUGUAGAAAUGAGAUUAUCUUUCGGAAAGUAAAGCUGGAUUUGGUCAGAUUAUCUUUCAUUAUAAGAUUUAGAGUGGCUUCCUGGUUUAGUGCUUGUUUUAAGGAUGUGGGUAUUCCUUUAGAUUCUCUAGUAGGUGAUUUGAAACUUGCUGAUUCGGCAGGCAGAUCAGGAAGGGGUUGCUCUCGAUCAGCUUGA